AUGUGGGAACGUUCCAGUUUUCUUAUGCGACUUGUUGCUUCAUCGGUGUCUAUUUCCGAAUCAGCGGGCAGAAUUAUCAAGGAUAUUAUAAGGAAAGGUGAUCUCAAGAUAGUGAAUAAAGGAGUCGGUGGUAUAACUGAUUUGCAAACCGAAGCGGAUCGUUUAGCCCAGGAUUGCAUUGUUCAAUCGCUUCAAAAGAAAUUUGGUGGAAAUCUUAUUAUAAUCGGUGAGGAGGUAUUGUUUCAUAAAACAAAUUGCACUUUAUUGGAACAAAUAACUGUUUUGAUUGGGAUUUCAUAUAAAGGACGUCCUAUAGCCGGUAUAGUUCAUCAGCCUUAUUAUGGGAAAGAUGGAGGUGGACGAACGGUAUGGGCAGUUGUUGGAGUCGGUGUUCAUGGCAUAAAAAUUAGCAAUGAACAAAAAGAAAGGGUUGUUGUAACCACAAAAAAUCAUUCAACCGCUUUAGUCGUAGAGGCUUUGGAUGCAUUAAAAUCGAAAGGAUUGCUAGACAAAGUGCAGAAAGUUGGUGGUGCAGGUUUUAAGGUGCUUAAGUGUCUAGAAGGUGCAGCAGCAUACGUAUAUGCGAAUUCAGGGUGUAAAAAAUGGGACACAGCAGCUCCAGAAGCGGUUCUUAAAGCAGCAGGUGGAAAUUUCACUGAUGUUUCUGGUCGUUUAUUUUAUUAUGGUGCAGAUGCUCAAGUGGUCAAUACCGGCGGAAUUAUAGCAACUUCAAAUUGGGUGAAACAUGAAGAUAUUGUUAAUGGAAUCCCAGAUCAUAUAAAGGAUGCAUUACCUGAAUACGUAAACAGCUAA